AUGCUGAUGAGUGAUGACGCCGUGUUGGUGCCUCAGGCAGCACAUGAGCUCAUCUGCUCCCCUCUCAACCUCAACACCAACAGCUCUCCCCACGCUCUCUACAGACCACUUGUCCGGACGCCGCCACCCUCCGUCCGCCCAUCACCCCGCCUUUGCUCUCCCGACCACAUCGUGCGCCCUGCUCCUCUCGUCACGAUUCCGCCCCACCGCGAUACAGCGUCAUCAUCCUCAUCGCCACACCCCGCGACGCUGGACGCCAACACCAACGGAACAGCCAAGCUGGGGAAGAGAAAGCCAUCAUCCGAGGACCUUGGGAGUCCAGUCAAGAAAGCUAUGACGUGCUACGUCAAGUCCGUGCUCACUCGUUUAUUCAAGGACAAAAUGCAGAUCGACAACCCCGCUGCAGCGGCCGAGCAGCUCAAGGAUGCUUCUGGUGAGAUCGACGAGUCGCUGUACAGCAGGCAGCUCUACGUGCUGGGUCAUGAGGCCAUGAAGCGCAUGGGUUCCUCCAACAUCCUCAUCGUCGGCCUGCGCGGCCUGGGCGUCGAAAUCGCAAAGAACAUCGCUCUUGCUGGCGUCAAGUCGCUCACACUCUACGACCCCAAGCCUGCCACGAUCCAGGACCUGUCGGCGCAGUUCUUCCUCCACCCCGAAGAUGUCGGCAAGCCGCGUGCUUCCGUGACUGUGCCCCGUGUAUCCGAACUGAACCCUUACGUACCCGUCAAUGAGUUCCUCGGCAAGGAUCUCACCUCAGAUCUGGCUCAGUUGAAGCAGUUCCAAUGCGUUGUCCUAACCGACACGCCACUCCGCGACCAGAUCACCAUCGCCGACUAUUGCCACGCGAACGGCAUCUACGUCGUUAUUACCGAUACAUACGGUCUGUUUGGAACCAUCUUCACGGAUUUCGGCAAGAACUUCACUGUUGGAGACCCCAAUGGUGAGAACGUUCUGAGCGGCAUUGUCGCAGGAGUCGAUGACGAGGGCAACGUUUCGGCUUUGGACGAGACAAGGCACGGCCUCGAGGAUGGCGAUUUUGUAACUUUCUCCGAGAUCGAGGGUAUGGAAGGCCUCAACGAUGCCGCCCCUCGCAAGAUCAAGGUCACUGGCCCUUACACUUUCAGCAUCGGCGAUGUCUCCGGCCUGGGCCAAUAUAAGCGCGGCGGAUUGUACACGCAGGUCAAGAUGCCAAAGAUUCUGGACUUUGAGCCUCUUAGCCAGCAGCUGAAGAAGCCUACCUUGAUGAUGUCGGACUUUGCCAAGUUCGACCGCCCUGCCCAACUCCACGUUGGUAUCCAGGCUCUCCACGCAUUUGCGGAACAGCACAACGGCGAAUUCCCGCGCCCGCACCACGAAGCUGAUGCUGCUGAGGUUUUGAAGGUUGCCCAAGCACUUGCUACCCAGGGCGAAGAGCAGGUGGAGUUGGAUGAGAAAAUCAUCAAGGAGCUCAGCUACCAGGCUCGUGGUGACGUCAGCCCCAUCGCUGCUUUCUACGGUGGCCUUGCAGCGCAGGAGGUCCUCAAGUCUGUCUCCGGAAAGUUCCAUCCGAUCGUGCAGUGGUUGCACUUUGACUCGCUCGAGUCACUCCCUACCUCCACCACCCGUUCCGAGGAAAACUGCAAACCUCUGGGCACCCGCUACGAUGGCCAGAUUGCUGUCUUCGGCAAGGAGUUCCAGGACAAGAUCGCAAAUGUCAAGGAGUUCUUGGUGGGCGCUGGUGCUAUUGGAUGCGAAAUGCUUAAGAACUGGGCACUGAUGGGUGUCGCAAGUGGUCCUGAGGGCAAGAUCUGGGUGACGGAUAUGGAUCAGAUUGAAAAGAGCAACCUUAACCGCCAGUUCCUAUUCAGACCCAAGGAUGUUGGAAAGCUGAAGAGCGAGUGCGCAGCAGAGGCUGUCGAGGCCAUGAACCCUGACUUGAAGGGCCACAUUGUUACGAUGAGGGAAAGAGUUGGUGCGGAUACGGAGCAUAUCUUCAACGAGGACUUCUGGCAGAACUUGACUUCUGUCACGAAUGCCCUCGACAACGUGGAGGCCCGCACUUACGUGGACCGUCGGUGCGUUUUCUUCCGCAAGUCUCUGCUGGACAGUGGCACUCUCGGAACCAAGGGUAACACCCAGGUUGUACUUCCGCACAUCACCGAAUCGUACUCCAGCUCUCAGGAUCCGCCCGAGCAGUCGUUCCCCAUGUGCACCUUGAAGAGUUUCCCCAACAGGAUCGAGCACACCAUCGCUUGGGCCAAGGAUCUCUUCCACAGCUACUUUGCCCAGCCUGCGGAGGUGGUCAACAUGUACCUUACGCAACCGAACUACCUAGGCAGUGCUCUGAAGCAGUCCGGUAAUGAGAAGCAGACGUUGGAGACUCUCCGUGACUUCUUGGUUACGGACAAGCCUCUUACUUUCGAGGACUGCGUCAUCUGGGCCAGGUACCAGUUCGAGAAGCAGUACAACAACAACAUUGCCCAGCUUCUUUACAACUUCCCCAAGGACUCGAAGACGUCGAGCGGACAGCCUUUCUGGUCAGGGCCGAAGCGCGCUCCCGACCCGCUCAAGUUCGACCCUAGCAACCCCACUCAUUUCAAGUUCAUCGAGGCUGGUGCCAACUUGCACGCCUUCAACUACAAGAUCAGCCCCAAGGGUUUCGCCAAAGAGCAAUACUUGAAGGUUCUGGACGACAUGAUCGUUCCUGACUUCAAGCCUGAUCCCGGCGUCAAGAUUCAGGCCAGCGACAACGAUCCCGACCCCAACGCCAGCAGCGGAUCGGGUGAUACUGAUCUCUCCAAGAUCGUCGAUUCGCUACCGGCACCGAAGUCGCUCGCAGGCUUCAAGCUGGAGCCGGUCGAGUUCGAGAAGGAUGACGACACCAACUUCCACAUCGACUUCAUCGCGGCGGCGAGCAACCUGCGUGCCGAGAACUACAAGAUCCAGCCGGCUGAUCGCCACAAGACCAAGUUCAUCGCUGGUAAGAUUAUCCCGGCCAUCGCGACGACGACGGCUCUCGUCACGGGCCUUGUGAACCUAGAGCUUUACAAGAUCCUGGACGACAAGACGGACAUUGAGCAGUACAAGAACGGUUUCGUCAACCUGGCGCUUCCUUUCUUCGGCUUCAGCGAACCCAUUGCCAGCCCCAAGGGUACCUACAAGGGUCCGGACGGCGAUGUGACGAUCGACAAGCUCUGGGACAGGUUUGAGGUGGAGAACAUUCCCUUGAAGGACUUCUUGGCCGACUUCGAGAAGAAGGGUCUUAGCAUUACCAUGAUCAGCUCGGGCGUGAGUUUGUUGUAUGCCAGCUUCUACCCGCCGAGCAAGCUGAAGGACAGGCUGCCUCUCAAAUUGAGCGAGCUCGUUGAGACUAUUUCGAAGAAGAAGAUUCCGGGACACCAGAAGAACGUCAUUUUCGAGAUAACGGCAGAAGACGCGACGGAGGAGGAUGUUGAGGUCCCGUACGUGAUGCUUAAGCUACACAAAUAG